GAUGCCAAUGGCAACAUAGAUCCGAGCUUGAAGCCAGAGUGGGAGAAGUCGUUUUUGGGGCUUCUGUAUCGUCUUUGCACAGCAGACGAUGUUGACCCGGAAUUACGGCAAGAAGUUUUUGCCAAUGUCGAGCAAAUGUACCUUGUGGGGCUACGAGCUUCAGAUCCAGAGCUCCGUGAGCGCUUCUUUGCACUGUACAGAAGAUGCACAGGGGGCACACUGUUUGCCCGUCUGAAGUAUAUCUUGCAGACCCAAGACUGGGCAAACAUGGCCAACCGCUUCUGGCUCAAGCAAGCUUUGGAAUUUCUGCUUGCCACUCUGUGUGAGGACGAGAGUAUCACGUUAGCUCCGAAUUCAGCCCAGGUUGUGCCGCUGCCUAGCAUCGCCACGGACGAAACAGAGGGUGGGGAUGCUGAAGACCAGGCGGCAGUGGUUGGGCAGCCUUCAGGUGGGGUCGUUGUCACGCUGGAGGGACAGCAAGAUGCCGAAGUCAAGGUCGAGGUGUCAUUGUCAGUGAGUCCAGAAAGCAAACUUCAGGGCAUUCUGGAGGACCAUGUUGCCUUCAUAAGUGCAGCAGGACAGUACACUGUCAGGGACCUGAUCCGGCCACUUCGGGAGUAUGCCCAUGUCGACUCGCUGCUGGCAUACCAUUUGUGGGUGCUGGUCUUCCCCAUCGUCUGGGCCACUCUUGAAAAGAACAACCAGGUGGCCCUGGCGAAGCCUGUCAUCGCGCUUCUGUCCAAAGAAUACCACCAGAGGCAGGCCAGCUCCAGGCCCAACGUGGUCCAGGCACUGCUGGAGGGCAUUUCCCUGUCACAGCCCCAGCCCAAGAUCCCCCCUGAGCUCAUCAAGUUCCUUGGCAAGACAUACAAUGCCUGGCACAUCGCUAUUCCCCUGCUGGAAUCGCAUGUUGUGAUCUUUCCUGAUGAGACACGCUGCUUUGAUGCUCUGGCAGAACUGUACUGCCUGAUUUCGGAGACAGAUGUGAUGUACGGCCUGCUGAAAAAGAGAUGCCAGUCAGAGUACACGCAUGUGAGCCUCAGCCUUAUUCAGUAUGGGUAUUGGGACAAGGCAUCAGAGAUGCUGGGAGAGACAAUCAAGCAGGCCCACACCAUGAAACCGGAGGUGUUCAGCCGGGAAGGCCUGCUGUGGGCUGAUGAAUGGGUUAAGUGCGAACGGGAGCUCAACCACUGGGAGGAGUUGUCGCAGUAUGCCAACAACACUGACAAUGUGGCAUUGGCUGCAGAUGCGGCAUGGCGCCUGCAGAAACCCGACUGGGAAGCUGUGAGGGAAUGCAUGGAUCAGAAAGAUCAGUUCCAGGACCCUCUGAAGUACCUCAUUUUGCGAGUGUACUUGGACCUUCAUGAGGGUGAGGUGGGAAAUGCACACAGUCACCUGCACCACGCCAUGCACCAGUGCCUGUCACAAUGGUGGCAACUGCCCGACAUUGGCGUCGCACCACAGGGACAACUCCUUCAGCUCUUUCAACAAGUGGUGGAGUUGUUUGAGAGCACACGAGCACUGCAUGAGCUGAACUCGACACGGGCAGAUCACAGCUUUGCGAGCCUGAAAGACAUCCUGGAGACAUGGAGGUUGAGGACUCCGAACACUUGGGAGCCCCUGUCCCACUGGUGUGAUGUGUUCAUGUGGAGGCACCAGAUAUACAACAGCAUCGUUCAGGCAUUCAGGAGUUUUGAGCAGACCGCACCACAUUUGUAUCAUUUGGGUCCCAAAGACAAGGCCUGGAGCAUCAACCACCUCGCGCAUGUUGCCACCAAGCACGGGUCCUACGAAGUGUGCAUCGAGAUUGUGAACAACAUGUACAACUACAAUUUUAUGGACUUCCAUGAGGCAUUCUACAAAAUUGUUGAACAGGCCAAGGCGUAUUUGGAGAUGCCUGACGAUCGGAUCACCGGCCUCAACAUGCUCAACACCACGAACUUGGACUACUUUCCACACCAGGGGCUGCAGGCGGAGAUCUAUCGCCUGAAGGGGGAGGUCCAGCAGGAGAUGCCAGACCGCAUCGAGCACGCCAACCAGGCUUACAGCACGGCCGUCGCGCUGAACCACCAGCUGCCCGAGGCGUGGCUUAGCUGGGGCGCUUUCUGCGACUCGCUGUAUGAGCAGAGGAAGAGCACCACGCAGCUGGAGUACGCCGUGGGGUGCUACCUGCAGGGCAUCCGCCUUGGGAGCCCGGCCGCCAGGAACAUGCUGCCAAGGUGCUUCGAGCUGCUGUCAUUUGACGACACAGACACCGUUGCCCAGGUGUUUGAGAGCGUGGAACUGCCCACCUGGAUUUGGCUGUUCUACAUUCCCCAGCUCCUGGUCGGCCUGACGCGCAGGGAGGCCAAAGUGGUGAAGCCCUUGCUCAUGAGAAUUGCCACCCAGCACCCCCAGGCUCUGAACUACUACCUUCGGGUCUACGUCCUCAGCAGCCGCGAGAAGGCGCGCACGGCUGUCAGCCAGUACAUGUCUGAGAAGAAGAGGGUCCUGGAGCAGCACCAGAGUGCAGUCGCGGGGGGAGUAGAUCCGGCCAGCGGUGGGGCACAGGCACAAGGUGGCACAGCACUGGGUGGUGACUCCAUGGCGGACAGCAGUGCACGAAUUAUUUCGCAGAUAGAGAAACCUCCAGACAUACUGGCCUUCGAGCGCGGCCGUGAGGUUCUGGACACACUCAGGCACAAGCUGGGGUCUUUGGCAGGAGUGAUGGAGACAAUGCUGCACGAAAUUGCUGGCAAGUUCAUGGCAAGGCCGGAGGAGAGACUAAUGGCCGUGGUGUACGCCCUGCUGCACAGAUGCUACAAGGUGCCCACGGCCAACAACGCAGAGGUGCCGGACAACCUGGUCCAGGAGCUGGUGGGCGUGUGCCGUGCCUGCUUCACAGAGCCCUCCGCCCGCAGCAGCUCUUCGCCUGUGCAGCGCGACCUGCGGGAGUCAUUUGUGCGGCACCUCAACCCUGAGGCGGACACCUUCCCCAAAACGCUGGGCGAGCUGACAGACAGGCUCAAGUCCUGGAGGAACAUGCUGUCCAGCUACCUGGACGAGAACAUGCCAGCGCACCUGCAGCUGUACGUGGAGAGCAAGACCCUGCAGGAGAUGAACCUGUCAGGGAUUGAGAUGCCGGGGCAGCACAUGAAGGGGGAGGAGGUUGUGCCUGACACAACCAUUUUCCUGGAGAAGAUAGGCUCGGAGGUGGCCAUCAUAAGGCGGCAGGGCUCAGCGCUGCGCAGGCUGGCGCUCUAUGGGUCGGAUGGGCAUGUGCAGCACUUCAUACUGCAGACAGGGCACCUCUCCGGGCAGCCGGCGUCCAGCGACGAGCACAUGAUGCAGCUCAUGCGCCUGAUGAACCGCCUGCUGGACAAGAGCCCACAGUGCCGGUCCCGGUCUCUGGGCUGGUUCGCGCCUGUCAUCGUGCCCGUGUGGCACCAGGUGCGCCUCAUCGAGGAGGACCCCUCCUACACCACUUACUCCGAGGCCUACGAGGUGAACUGCACGCGCUACAACCGCGAGCCGGACCACCCCGUCCUGCACUUCAAGAAGAAGAUCUGCAACCCACAGGGGCGCCAGAUCCACGACCCCUCCGGCCAGCUGCGCCUCAACGCCUUCACGGAGAUCUGCGAGAAGGUGGUCUCCGAGAACGUCUUCUCGCAGUUCAUGUACAAGAGCCUGCCCACCUGCAACCACCUCUGGGUCUUCAAGCGCCAGUUCACCCUCCAGAUGGCGCUCUCCUCCCUCCUGUCCCUCAUGCUGUGCAUCGGCGGCCGCGUGCCCGUCAAGAUCCUCUUCGCCAAGUCCUCCGGCCAGGUCCUGCAGGUGGAUUUCUGCCCCGUCUUCGACCCACAGCGCGGCGUCCUCCAGCGCAGCGAACCCGUGCCCUUCCGCCUCACCCGCAACCUGGCAUCCUUCUUCACACCCUUCGGCGUGGAGGGCGUCUUCAUCACCGCCAUGGUCGUCGCCGCGGAGGCCGCGUUCCGCCGCCACAGCAACAUCCGGUCCUGCCUGGCCAUGUUCUUCCGCGACGAGCUCCUGGCAUGGUCGUCCCGGCGCACCAGCCGGUCGCGGGAGGUGGCACUGAACAGCGACCAGUUGAGGCUGCUCGUGGACAACAACGUGCGGGGGGCGCUGGAGCAGCUGAGCCACCUGCGGCCGGAGCUGCCCGGACAGCCCGAGGCUGGGCCCCCUGGCCUGGUGAACCGGGGGGCGCGGGAGCUGGUGGAGACCGCCGCGCAGCCGCACUACCUCAGCCUGAUGGAAGCGACCUGGCACCCGUGGUAUUAG